AUGUUGUGCGCAAGAGUCCUCACCUCUAUCGCAACUUUGACAGUGGCCAUAGCAGUGCCACAACCGACUCCAUGGCCAGAAGUGUUUCACGCCUACAUGCUGAAGCAUCGAAAUGGUGAAGUGGGCCACACCGACUUGUUCUAUGACUGGCCAGCGGGCGGCAAUCUUCAUAUUGAUAGGAUCCCUGGUCAACCACCAUUCUUUGACAAUGAGCGCCAAAACGGCAGCACGUACUACUAUACUCCCGGAGGCAGCUGCAAGGUGAUUGAGAUGGGUGUGGGCCUUCUACCUCCGAAUUGGCUGGAUGGGGCUGAGUACAUUGGCAAUCAGACAGUCCGCUCUGCCAGUGACAAAUCUGUCAACUGUCAUGUCUGGACAAAAGGCGAUGCAAUGGGCAAUGCCACAGGGCCCUUCAUAACCUACUAUGAGAACAUUGAGACCAAAACUCCAGCGCGUUGGCGUUUCUUCGAUGGCAUGUACUUUGACAUUCUCAGAUGGGAACCUGGCAAGCAGGCCAGUCCUGAACAGUGGCAGCUUCCACCAUCUUGCCUGAACAAGAGUGCAAGUUCUUCCAGCAUCCCUGGCGAAGAUGCGCACAAGGCCAUGCGGGAGGCAAGGCUUGCACACCUGAUCAUUUGA